UGGCUGAGAAGUAGAGAACAGGAAGCACUGCAGCAAAGCUUCUAACGUAGAUGUGAUCACAGCGAAGACACAAAAACUCCAACCUUCCAACUUUACGCUUUGCUGACCGAUUCAACAAAUCUGCUCAGAUUUGGUUUUAUAUAUAUAUAAAGGUUUAAGAAAAUAAGCAGUCACCUUAGACAACAUGUUCAGACCUUCUUUACUGUUUUGCUUCGUUCUUAGUGCCGCUGAUGUAGUUCUUCAUUCAGGUUACUCUGUUGACCAUGGCAACGCUAUAAGGAAUAUCAAAGAUAAAUCACUACCGGGGUCGUCAACUGAUGUCCACCAGGGCUAUCCCCAGGUAUUCACCCACAAAACCUCACUUCUUUUGGCAGAAGCCCUUGAUAUGUUGCAUCGAGCUAAAGACAUCAAAGAAAAACAAUGGCUGGAAGCCUUUGUUAAUCGUCUAGGUCGUCUGGCUGCAGAGAUGGAGCGCCCUUCUUCAACUCGCCUAAAGCCUAAUUUAUUGGCUCAUAAGUCUGUUGCCGUGCAACCCCCGCCUAAUAGCGCCAUCUGGACACGGCACAGUUCUCAUUCCGAAAGCAGUAACGCUGAGAUGUCGCUUAAAAAUUUAAAGCUAACUAACAAGACGUCAACAUUUUUGAAACCCAAAUCCGAAGAAGAUGAGUUAGUCCAACAACUACACAGUCAGCCUGUAAACCCUAGAAUGAAUUCUACUAACAUUCGAGUGCCGUCAAGAAACUACCUGUUGGAGACAAGUGUUACUACAGCAGCUACGCCCACAUCAGCUGCUCUUAAACUGACGAAAAUGGUAAAUCCAAACUCAGUAUCAAAGUCUAUACUUCGUAAAAAAAUUCUUAAACAGAUCCUAAAGAAGAUCCACUUACUGGAGAAAGUUGGAGGGGCGAAAGAAGAUGUGUUAACCAUCCUAAAACGUGGUGAAGAAUCUUUUGAUGAUCCUAAAGAAUCCUCCGACAUGACUAUCGAAGAGGGCGCGGCUGAGGGGGAAUUAGCAGCAAAUAAUAAUGUAGAAAACCUUAGAACAGUGGCGCCUUCUGCCAGUGACCUUCCUGAUGUUUAUCAAAACGAUCCAGGUAGAAUAACCUCAGAAGAUACUCAAGAAGAACCAAUGCCAGUCCUACAAACUGAAGAAUUGGGAAGUAAAAAUGAGGAGUUGAGCUACGGAUUAGAUGAAGAGGGAAUACCAGCCGUGCAGACCAUCGGUUUUCAAGAUGGAGGAAGAUACGAAAAUGAAAUACCUAUCGCACAAAGAGGUCAUUUGGAGAGUGAACAAGAUGGUGAGCGUCAGAGGAUUGAUGACGAACUUGUUCGACAACUAGAGGAAGAAAAAUAUAUUACAGUUUCCACGCAAUCAUCCAUCACCCAUAACCAAGAUGAACAAACGAACACAGAACCAGAAAUAAUGGGUGAAAUAUCUAAAACUAAAAACAAUCCCUACAAGGGAGACACAGGCAAGAACGCCUUAGACCAAAUGAUGAAAAGACUGACUGGAGAUAUUACUAGACAUGUUAUGAAAUGAAUAGUAAAACACAGUACUGUAUACAAUGAAUGUGUUUUUGAAUAGUAGUGUAAUUGGAAAAUAGAAGAAAUACAUGUAUGUGUAUAUAUACAUAUAUAUAGAGAGAGAAACUCUUCAUCGGAGAUUGACUGAAGUAGCCAGCUGUGAGGAAAAAGAUGAGGUAUUAAGUUCAUUAAAAUUGUUUUCCUUGAGGUUGAAGAAACGAGAGUGUAAGAAUCCUAAGUUCGAAUCAUUUUUAAUUAGUGUUUUAUGUUGUGGCACUUGAGAGAACCACUGAAAUUUGUCUAAACUAAAACCGUUUCGCUUUUGUUAAGGUUUACCAGCACAACGAAUUUCAUAGCGUAAAUAAUUCACAAACGUCUGUCUGUGAUUUUAUUUAUUGUUUUCCUUUAUUUAGCUUGUUACAAAAUUGCUACAGAUUUCUCGGUUCGAGAGUUCUGUCUUAUCUAGAAAUUAAAUUAUUAUCGAAAACCAUUCUUUGAUUCAAUCGGAUUUAAGGCUAGAACUUCAGUAAACUGAUGAUUUUAAGGUUCU